UAGCAACUCCACACAUCUCUCUAUUUCUUUUAAUAUUUUGUUGGGAAAAGAAGAGCUGUCAUUCAUUCUCUUUGUUGAAUAGCUUCUUUCUUCCUCCUUCAUCUAGAGAGAGAAAACUGAAAUCAUCUUCCUUCUUCUCUCUCCUUAUUGCCUGUUUGGUUUUGAGCUCUGUCUCUGUUUGUCCAACCAAUUAAACAUCUCUCUGUGAGAUACCUCCUCUCUCUGUCUCUGCAAUUCAUCAGUUCUUUUUCUUCAUAUAUAACUACAUUAAUUCCAUACCAUGAACAAAGUUUGUUGGCCUUACUUUGAUCCUGAUUUCGAUAGUCUCCCGGAGAGGAUAUAUGGACCUGCUUGCAGAGUUUGCAUUGACAAUGAAAGCUUAGAAGAUGUUACUGUCGUUAAGGUUGACAGUGUAAACAAACAGGGACUUCUUCUGGAAGUGGUGGAAGUGCUGACAGAUAUGAAACUCAAUAUCUCAAAAGGCUUCAUUUCCUCUGAUGCUGGAUGGUUCAUGGAUGUUUUCCAUGUUACAGAUGAGCAUGGCAACAAAAUCACAGACCAAAGAGUCAUUAACUAUAUUCAACAGGCCAUAGGUACAACAAGGGAAACCCCAACGAAGGCGAAGGCUCGGGCUAGUAAAUUGUUUGAAUCAGAACACCCUAAUGAACACACAGCCAUAGAAAUGACCGGCAAGGAUCGGCCCGGCCUCUUCUCGGAGAUAUCGGCUGCCCUAGCCGACCUCCAUUGCAAUAUAGUGGAAGCCCAUGCAUGGAGCCACAAUGCACGUCUAGCUUGUGUUGCCUACAUCUCCGACCAAUCCAGCGACAGCCCAAUCGACGACCACCGGCUCGCCAUCAUCGAAGACCACCUCACCACCGUCCUUCGAGCAAACACCUCCACCAGCCCCGCCGGGGACUUCACGAACCAACAGGAAGCAAAGACCGCCGGCUUUUCCGGAGGGGAAGGCACCAUGGUCACCAAGGUGGAACGGCGGUUGCAUCAGCUCAUGCUCUCGGUUCGGGACUUUGACAGACCGUCGUGGAUGACUGGGUCACCGGAGAUGCCACUUGGAUUGGACGGUGACGAUGAUGCGAGGAAGAUCUUGAUCGAGAGCUGUGAUGAAAAGGAUUAUUCCAUAGUGACUGUCCAGUGUAAGGAUCGACCAAGGCUCAUGUUUGAUACUGUGUGCACUCUUACUGACAUGCAAUACGUAAUUUUUCAUGCCUCCGUUGAUUCCCAUGAAGGUUAUGCAUUUCAGGAGUAUUUUAUACGGCAUGUAGAUGGCUGCGCGUUGAACACAGAGAGCGAGAAGGAGAGAGUUAUAAAAUGCUUAGAGGCUGCUAUAGAGCGUCGGGUUUGUGAGGGUGUUCGGCUAGAGCUAUGUGCAAACAAUAGGGUAGGGUUGCUCUCAGACAUAACUAGGGUUCUCAGAGAGAAUGGACUUGUAGUGGUUCGAGCAGAUGUGGCAACAAGGGGAGAGAAGGCAGUGAAUGCUUUCUACGUGAGAGACAUUUCCGGCAACGACGUAGAUAUGGAGUUCGUCGAGUCAAUGAAGAAAGAGAUGGGACCGAUAGAUCUUGCAGUCAAGAAUGAAACAACUUCAAGGCCAAACUCACCGGAGAGGUUCCGGUUCUCCAUCGGAGACAUAUUGAGAUCCCAAAUCGAACGCUUCUCUCACAACUAUGUUGCCAUCAAGUGAUGUAUAUAAUUAAGUAGCCAUCAAAAUGCCAUUGUACAUAAAUAAACACAUGUAAUUUAUCUUUCAGUUCAAUUUCUAGCUUUGUAAAUCAAAGAAAAUUUUCAGUA